CGUGCCUUUCUUGGCUACACAGCAACAUCUGAGGCAUUGAUACCAGUUGUAUUCAAGGGUCCUGUACUACCCGGAGUUUGAGCCAUAAGACAACAUGUCCCUUGAUACUGCAAAAAUCGACGAACAUAUCGAGCGGCUUCGGGAAGGAAACACAUUGACAGAGAACGAAGUCAAGGCUCUGUGCGAAAAGGCAAAAGAGAUCUUGCGAGACGAAUCGAAUGUGCAGCCUGUUACUGCUCCCGUAACUGUUUGUGGGGACAUCCAUGGCCAAUUCUAUGAUUUGGCGGAGCUUUUCCGUAUUGGCGGAGCCUGUCCAGAAACAAACUAUCUUUUCAUGGGAGAUUACGUGGACCGCGGCUAUUAUUCCCUCGAGACAGUUACCUUGCUCAUGGCUUUGAAGGUUCGCUACCGUAGCCGUAUAACAAUUCUGCGAGGUAACCAUGAGAGUCGUCAAAUUACGCAGGUGUACGGAUUUUACGAUGAAUGCCUCCGGAAAUAUGGAAACGCUAAUGUGUGGAAGUAUUUCACCGAUACGUUCGAUUAUUUACCCAUGACUGCGGUUGUAUCCGACCGCAUUUUCUGCUUGCAUGGCGGACUUUCACCCUCGAUCGAUACAUUGGAUCACGCCCGCGAGCUUGAUCGAGUCCAGGAAGUUCCUCACGAAGGUCCCAUGUGUGACCUUGUGUGGUCCGACCCCGAUGACCGCUGUGGCUGGGGUAUAUCUCCGCGAGGUGCUGGUUACACCUUUGGUCAAGACAUUACGGAACAAUUCACGCACAUAAAUGGUCUCCACUUUAUUGCUCGCGCGCAUCAACUCGUCAUGGAGGGUUACCAAUGGCAGCAUAAUCGAAGUGUCGUCACUGUCUUUUCGGCACCGAACUACUGCUAUCGGUGUGGAAAUCAGGCGGCAAUUAUGGAAGUUGACGAUACCGUCGACCAGACCAAUAAAGACACCGUCCACGAUCACUGCAGAUUUUCGCAAUUUGAUCCUGCCCCGCGAGACGAAAGUUGGCACAAGAGUUCAAGAACAUUGGACUAUUUUUUGUGAGCAGCUUGUAAUACCCUUGAGUCUAUUGAGUUUGUACAAGCCUAGAAGGGGAUAAAAACGGUUUAUUGAAGUUUCGCAUGGUUGUUCUAUUCCAGAUUAGAUAUGGGUGUACUUUAAAUGGAUCCGAUGAACUGUGGCGUAGUUCCUUACACCUGGGUGAGAAUGCGCUUCCACCACGUGCCCUACUUAAAUUUAUUCUGCGACUACAA